AUGCGGCUCUCCAUGGCCGGAAUGUCGCUUGUUGGGCCCACUGGCGGUGCCACCGCCCAGAAGCUGGCCUGCAACCGGCUGGCUGAAACGAUCUGCGUGAAGCUGAUCAGCGCACACCAGGGGCAAGUACAAAAGCCUGGCGGUCCACCCGUGCUCCGGUGGGCGCAGGUGGUGCAGGAGUACAGACACGUCAGGCAGCGCCUCCUCGACAGCCGGCACGUUCAGCAGGGGAGCGACCUGGCGCUGCCCGACGUCAGUCAUAAGACGCUCCUCACCUGGUACAACGAUCUUCAGAGGCGGAGAAAGGCUGCCGUCGUACAGAAGGGGGUCGUGCCACCACCUUGGAGACAACUGGCCCCCAAGCCCCUAGCAGCAGCCUGUCCGCUCCUGACCGCGCUGCCACAGACGCCCCAGCCUGCGAUGGUGCUCAUCUUACCUGAAAACACCACCGGCCAGGUGGCCGCCGGGAUCGGCCUCGGCCGGCAGCUUGGUCAGCGACAGAAGAGAACGUACACGCGCCGGGCCGUGUCGGUGCGCUGUGCCGUCUGCCAGAGGCCGCGCACCGCGACGCUGGGGCACAGGCGUGACAAGCAGGGACGCUUCUUCUGCCCGCACAACCCAGAGCGUCUUUCGUUUGAGCAAUGGGCCGCGACCGACCGGCCCCCAGUGAAAAAACCGAGGACAUAGCGGCCGUAGG